AAUUUUAAUUUUUUUAUAAUACUUUUACUUUUAAUUGUAUAAGUUAAAAAUAAAAUUAUUUAUAUAUUAACUAUUAUCUUCAAAAAAGCUGAGACCAGCUGGAUUUCCGGUUUCGGCCAUGAGAUCUGAUGGAACAUAACGACAGUGCAUGCGUGGUAGUGUAUAUGUGAGACCCGUCGUACUGAUAUCUGCUACUACUUAUAUUAGGUCUGUCGCGUUACUCACACUUUUUGCACUUAUGUCUCUUCAUUUUUUCUCUGUAACAUCCAUUUAUGUAUCUAUCUCAUUCUAAGUACAGAAAGUUCUAGAGAUUUCAGGUAACGCGAACAAACCUAUUGUUGUAAGUAAAAAAAAGCAAUAACAAUGCCUAACAGGUGCUGCAUUGCAAAAUGCAAAAAUACAAACAAACAGGGUUAUCAUUUAUUUCAAUUUCCGAUAAAGCGUCCAGAUAUUUUACGAAUGUGGCUGAAUGCAAUCGGAAGAGAUUUCACACCCACAAAAAGCCAUGUAAUCUGCAGUGCUCACUUUUUACCUGCAGACAUUAUGGAAAAAGCUAACGUAAGCGGUGUGGUUUUAAAGAAUCUGGCUGUGCCGUUUCUAUUUCUGGAGGCUCCUGCUUCUAACAUUGCUCCUACGAUGAAAUCUGGCAUUAAUUCUGCGAUAGAAUGUGGCACUACUCCUGCUCCUACACCUGCUGUGAAAAAUGUGCCUGCAAUUCUGUGGAAGAGUAUAUUAAAACCAAAGAACGCAACAAUUCCAUCGCUGACACAACUUGCAAGCGCUACAGGUAAUACUGUAAAACUGACCAUGCGAAAGCCGCCGAAAGUCAUGGACAGUUCACUUAUCAAUUUGAAGAAGCAGGAAAUGAGUCCACAGAAAAAGCGCAUGUGGAGAACGAUUAAAACGUUGAAGCAGAAGCUAAGGAGAAAAGAAGAAAAAAUUAAUUCAUUGAAAAAUCUAUUGAAAACUCGACAGUAUGAUAACAAAUUAUCCAGCAAACACCAAGCAACGGUUAGAACGAAUGGAGUAAUAGAAACAGAAAGAAGAAAGGUUGCGAUGAAAUAAAAAAAUUUGUGCAGAAACUCUACAUUUUUAUUCGCUGAAGACCUGUACUAUUGCAGAUCGAUUCUACAUUUGCUGCAUAAAAGCAGCAUCAGAAAUUAGGGAGCAGGCACAUGGAGCGUAACUUGCGUAAGCGUAACCUGCGCUGACCAAUCACAUCGUUCCGUUUGAAUAUCAGCUUCCGUCUAGUUAUUUUACGCUUUUUGCGCUAUUGCCGUUACGCCGAAUCCAAUUUCUAGUGGAAGAUACGCUGAUGCAUGUGUGUUAGUGCGUAUCGUGCGGAUUUUUCUUGUAUAAAUCUGAAAGGACAACUUUACUGUUCUAGUAAGAGUGUCGUUUAAAGUAGUGUAAUUAUAUCGAAUUAUUUUCGGGAGAAACUUUAUAAUAAAUCUUUAAAUAUC